GGUUAGCUGAAAAGUUUUUGUUUUUAACACAUUUUUAUUCAAAAACCCUUCAAAAUUUCAAAGUCAUGAGUAAUCCAAACCCAGAAAUCACUUCUGGCAAUUUGGAGCCAUGUGGUUCGGCUUUAAUGGCACUUGAACGAAUUAAUUCGGAGCCACUAAAAUCGAGCUUCACGAGUUCCAAAAUGCCAUUGGCUAACAAUAUGGAUAUUCAACACAAGGCGAUCAAUAAUUUAUUGCAAAUCCCGGAAUCAGUAGGUCCAGGCCCACCUCAAACGGCCAGUGCUUACAAUGUCAUACGUUUGCAUCUACGGAGACGUCAGCCAGCAGAACGUAUAGCAGCUGGUGCCGACUUCAAUAGAUCAUUGGAACAAACUCCAAGACGAGCCGAAUCAAUUAAUAAAUUUAGUUCAAAGUCACAAAAAAUAUUAGAAAUGCCAUCGCGACGAUCCUAUUCGAAGUCACCUAAAAUUUGCCAGGCGGUGGCCAAUCCAAGACGAGCAGUCACUCAACCUCGACGAACCACUUCAAACUUGGAUUUACCAACAGGAGCAGUGGAUAAUCUAUUGCCAGCAGUUGAGUCUGUGUCGGCUCCACCUCAAAUAUUGUCGGCUCAAGAAGAAUUCAUUGAGCAAAUGGCGAACUGUUCAAGCUUCAGUAAUAAUUCUGCUUGCAGUAGCAGUAUCAAUGAAUGCUGGUUGGAGUCCCAUAGCUAUGGGACUGGGCAAUCUCAGAGUGCUGGCACUCUGCAAUUGGCCAAAAGGCGACGUAACAGUAUGACCUAUGAUGAAUGGUUAACGCUUAAAAGAAAACAAGCAUAUCAACAUCAACGGCAGCGACGUCGAGAUGCAAAUCGUGUGGCUGCCGCCGAGGAGGUCCGCAAGCAAAUGUCAGAGAAAUGUUAUACCGAGUGGUUGGCAUCUAAGCAAAAGGCCCAUCGUCAGCACAUGGCGUCAUAUGUCAGCAACCAGUUAAGGGGCUCACUGGUAAGCGCAGACAUUAAACAGUAUCAGUAUCUGCCCCAUAUGCAGGUGAUGGCAGGAGCACGGCCCUGGAGUCCUCGCACUUUGAGCAGCUACCGCACUAGCACAGAAGCAAUGGGUGCCCGAGUCCAGCAAUGGCAAAGGAACAAGGCAAUUGAAGAAGAUCGUCGACGUGUAAUCAAACGCCGUGAACAAGCCGACCGUGACGCUGAAAUAGAAGAAAGACGGCGUCUAUCGAAAAUGGCCUGGGACCGCUGGCUAAUCCAGGUGUCAGGAAAAUCACCAGUUAUUCGUAGUCUUAACUCAAUAGCAAAAAAACCCACACAACGUAGCAACGAUCAGGUGGAGACACUACCCAACUCAGGAUCGAGAUCGACCACAUUGACACGGAAGCGCAGACAUGGAAUACCCCCGUCGAUCGCUCAGCGGGCUUUGCGUCAGCGUCUAAACAAUAUGGAUGGAAUUCAGAUGCAUCGCAGCCGCAAGUAAAUCUCAAUUACACACACCUUCCGCCUUCUCCCGAAAACAUUCGUCCUUGAAAUCUUGAAAAGUUUUUAUCAAUUACAGAAACAAUAAAAUCGACUUCCAAGACCAUAAA